GAGUGGAGCUUCAGUUUUCGGAAGCAGAAACAGGAAGAAGAACAGCACUGAGGAAGACCACAGCAGUGUUGGAGGGGCCACAGGGAGAGAAGAAGCCACAGAGAGAGGAGAAGCCAUGUACAAGGAAAAGCUGCAAGGCAUGUAUAUAUCCAAGAAGGCAUUUAAGCAUCAUUUUGACCCCCGUGAGAAUCCACAUGUUACGUACCUACUAUGUGAACUCCAAUGGGGUGAUAAGGGCCGGCCUUGGAUACACUGGGUCAAAAAUGGGCGUUCUCAUGCUGAAAGGUACUUCCUGCAGAAAGUCUUUAAGAUGAGAAGAUCCAAUAAUAAUGUCAACUGUUCGAUCACCUUGUACUUGUCCUGGAGUCCCUGUGCAUACUGCUGCUGUGAAAUGCUGUAUUUCUUAAAGAAGCACCCAUAUGUGGACAUAUGCAUAUAUGUAGCACGGCUUUAUUACAAAGGAAAUGAAGUCAUCCAUAACAGUCUGAAGAACCUUGUGAACUCGGCAAAUGUCACCAUUGCUGUCAUGAAAACUGAAGACUAUAUUUACUGUUGGGAAACAUUUGCCAAUGGAAAUGCUGAUGGUGAUUCCUGGUUUAUGGACAUUAAAUCGCAGAUAAGUAAUAAUGAGUUGAAGCUCGAGCACAUCCUUAAGGAUCCUCUAUUAUACUAAGAGGUUUCACCACAGAAUAUGGCCAACCACCAUCUUUCCACUUUUAUGUAGAAGACAGCGAUCAUAAAAUGUUGCUAACAUUCCCCGUUUUCUAAAAGCUACCAAUAUCCUGGACAGACAGCUUGUCAAUGGGAAUCCUGAGUAUACUGGACCAUACUAAAUGUCCCUGAUGAGAAACCCUUGGAUGUGGAAAUGGAGGCAGGUUGCAGCCAGAAGAGGGACUGUUUCAGGCCCACUGUUCUACUAACAUUUUUCUUCCUCUGAUGUGGGCUGCUGCUGCAAGGACUGAUGGGAAAAGAGUACUGAAAGAGGAGAGCUAAUUUAGCACCCGAACCCACUGACUGAUUCCUUAGUUCCUCUGAGCAAUUUCUUUGUAAACAGGCUAUUUCCUUGCCUCUUGUAAAUGAAUCUCUUCUGGGUGUAGUAUGCCUCAGGGUAUCAAAAGGAACAUCUCUGGAGACUUGCUGUUCUCUGCGCUAGCCUUAUCUCCUACCUAAAGCUAAAAAGGAGUAAAAGUAAACCGAGUAUCACAAGAAAUGCUGCACCAGGGCAGAGAGGAUAGUCCAGACACUCUAUCCAGCAGUGGUAGGAGAUGAUGUUUAGGGAGAGCAGACAAGCUUGGCCACUAUCUGUGGUUCAUUCUGAUCCAUUCACACUACCUCAAUAUCCACAAUAAUUAGAGCAGGGAUGUUAGGAAGUACAGCCCUAUAUCUUCCCUUUAGUGUCUGUUUAUGGACCUGUUACCAUGAAUUUCUUAGAUCUCUUUUGAUCCUGUCCUGUCAUCUGCAUCCACAGCUUACUGGGGCAGCAGAUUCCAGAAGUUCACAGCUUGUUGCGUAAAGGGAUACUUUUCUCUGUUUUAAACUGAUCUACUAAUAACAAUAAAUGCCAGUUCUUGCUAUACUAAUGUCUCACUGUUAAUCACUUAAACAUGUGUCUGCAUUUGAAGACUGUGCUGGCCUGGAGAACUUUCCACUGGCUCAGUGGGAACUGUAACAUGUAACUGACGGCUGCACUUCAGCUUAAAAGGGCCACUCAAAAAUCCACAGAUAAUCCAUUUAACAGGAGCAAUUUCCCCAUCUACCAAGUGGUGUGACUGUGGGAAUGAUGAUUACAGGAUCCAUCGUCAUUGCAUUUCAGCAGCUCCAAUUGGCUGGUAAAAGAAGUAAGAAGAUAUUUUUUAUUUUAUCCACAAAACCUUCCUGGAACUGGAAUGCUAGAUCUGUCCACUGGAAACUCCUUGAAAAGCAAGGCACAUUGGGUUGCGCAAAGAACUGGAGGAAUUCAGCUGUAUCUUUUUUAGUAAUCAAGCUGGGUUGUUCGCUCCUCUGUUGAGCAUGUACUGUACAGAGGUACAACCCUGCUGUCACUACUGAAUGCAUGAGAAUAGAACCUCUGUUUCCCCUCUUCCUGAUGUUAGGCUAUUUUUGCAAGACUAGAAGAAAUGUUCAUGGAUUUUUAACUAUUUUAGUCAUUAAACUCUAACUCUGUGACUGGG